AGUGCGGGCGUCAUUAUUGAUUGAGUUGACAAACUUUUCUUUUUGGUGAAAAUUCCUCCCAUUUUAUACCGGAAAUACAUUGUGCAGACACUUCUGGAUGUUGAGUGAAUCCCACUGAGCAAUAUGACAGUAAACUCGGACGAAAAAGCUCCCCGGGCGAGGUGCUUUUUUGACAUUUCGAUUGGGGGACUCUCUGCGGGCAGAGUGGUCUUUGAGCUGUUCACGGAUGUUGCCCCCAAGACGGCUGAGAACUUCCGGGCAUUGUGCACGGGUGAGAAGGGCUUGGGGCGAACAACGCAGAAGCCUCUUCACUAUGCCGGGGUGAUUUUUCAUCGCGUCGUCAAGGAUUUCAUGAUACAAGCUGGAGAUUUUUCCAAUAAAAACGGCACCGGAGGGGAGUCCAUCUACGGGGGAACUUUCGAGGACGAAAACUUCACCCUGAAGCACGACAAGCCCUUCCUCCUCUCCAUGGCAAAUCGCGGAAAGAAUACAAAUGGCUCGCAGUUUUUCAUCACCACCCAGCCUGCGCCUCAUCUCGACAAUGUUCACGUGGUGUUUGGCCAAGUUGUCUCAGGACAGGAUUUGGUCACACAGUUGGAGCAGUUACCCGUGGACAGGAACUCGAGACCCCUUCAAGAUGCAAUGAUCUCCAAUUGCGGCGAGUUGGUGCGACAAGUUAAAUCUAAGAAAGCGAAGAAAAAGAAAGCUUCAUCAGAAUCAGAGAAUGAGGAGGAUUCUUCUGACGAUAGCUCCUCAGCUAAAUCAAAGAAAAAGAAGCACGAGAAGAAGAAAAAGGAGAAAAAGUCAAAGCGAAGUGCUUCGGUGGAGGAAGGAGAACUCGAUGAGGGUGAAAACUCCCUUUUUCCACUGACUAAAAUUGAUCCAAAGGAAAUACCCGAUGUUUCCAAUAAAUUCCUCAUGCGAGCAUCGAGUUCCACAAAGCAGGAAGACAAGAGUGACGAUGAGGAGGACGACAAAGACGAUGACAAGGGCAGGAAGCGUCGAAAUGAUCGUGGACAGAGGAACUUUGGAUGGUCAAAGAAGCGUGUUCCGUUGUCAAGAAGUGGACGAGUUAUCAAAGGGCGUGGAGUUUUCCGCUAUCGUACUCCUUCACGUUCACGCAGUCGCUCCCGUAGUGUAACACCGCCACACUGGAAGCAGGCACAGAAGCGCACGAUAAAGCUGUCGGACUUUGAGAAGAUUGAGGAGGAGAAGAAGCAUCGAGAGAUUGAGAUCAAAAGGCGCGAAGUUGAGCGAAAGAGGCGUCAUGAGGAGAUCGCCAGGGAUGCAAAGAAGAGCUUCUAUGAGCUGCAACAGGUCAACAGCUACGGAAAGGGUGAGGAAAAGAAUGAGAGUUCAUCCUUUAUUCCGGGUGAGGAGCAAAAGCCCGGCGUGGAUCUCAAUGCACUCGACUACGAGCACCAUGGCAGUGACGUUGAGGAGCAGCAUGAAGCACUAAAGUCAUCAAAUAAGUCCGAAGUUAUGGCAAUGGCUCUUGGAGUGGAGGUUAAGAUUCCUCAGAAGACAUUUGAAGGGAGAAAUUCUCGUGAUCAUGGCGAUAGUUUGAAGAGCAAAUACGAUCGAUCGCCAGACAGGAGGCGUCGUAGAUCGAGAUCUUCAGGUCGUAGUCGUGAUCAUCGACGCUCACGAUCGCCCAGGGAUAAGCGCCUUCAUGAUCGCAAGAGUCGUCGAGACUCCUCGCGGCGUGAUUAUUCAUCCAAAGGCCGCAAAAGGGACUCUAGCGAUCGAUCACGGUCUCGUGAUCGUCGUCGUCGCUCCCGUUCUUCUUCAUCGCGACGUCACAGGCAGAGAAGUCGCUCCCCACGAAAGGACACCAAGCAGACCGAAGAGAAGCCCAAAGUGCUGUCCAGCGAGGAGAAGGCAAAGUUGCACAAAGAGAAAAUGCUGAAACGUGCAGAGGCGCUUCUUUUGCUGAAGGAUCACAUGAAGAAGGAAAUUGAGGAACAGGAGAAGCGUCAGGCGGAGCGAGAGCGUGAGAGAUUGCGUCAACUUGAGCGACAGGAGACAAAUGAGGAGUUGGCACGUCUCGAGAAGAUCAAGCAGGAAACACUGCAGAAGCUCCAGGCACACGAUGAUGAGUUGGUGAAGAAGGUUCUCGAUGGGGUGGUGUCCAGCGUCAAGUCGUCCAAGAUGCGCAAGUCCCGGAGUCCUAGUACUAGUGACCGGAAGCGUCACAAGAAGCACUCAAAGAGCCAAAAGAAAUCUCAACGUGUGCGAUCUUCCUCAACUUCAUCGGCCAACUCGAAGGAUUCUUUCAAACUCUAAAGCUACAACUAAAUGUGGGACUCUUAGGUGACACAGAUGGACUAGGGAGGAGGUCAGUCUCAAUUUAUAUAGACGAGUCUUUUCUUCUUUUUUUUUUAUAAAAUUGCCAUUCAAAAUGUUUUCUUUUUCAUGCUUUAAUGAAAAGUUACAAAAAAAAACAAAUUGUGAAAAUAAAAAAAAACUUCUCUCAAACAUUUUGAAAGUUAUUGAAAAGCACAUAAAUUAUUUUGAGAGCAGGCAAAAAGUUUAAAGGUCUGAGACUCUAUAAAGAAGAUUUACUAAAAUAGAAAUUAAUGUUGACAUUAGUAGCAGUUUUUACUUCAGCACCGGCAAAUUAAUAUUGAUGCUCCAGCAAAGUCUUUUAAUUACAUUAUUGUGCAAAAGUAUGUGGUUAUGACUGGUGAAUAAAUAUUCGAAAAUA